UCUGCUCCCGUCUUCAAAUGGCGGGAACUGGAGCAAAGCCGUCGGAACACAUGGCCUCCACCUCGAGAUUUGCGCCCACCCCGAUCACCCUCCAUCGAUCCUUCGCUCCCACGAAACCCUACUUGUUCUCUCCGCCUCGAUCUGGGGAUUCCUCGGCGCGGUUGCCUCUCCGGAAAGCCGAUCUCCGGGUACGGCACCGGCUCUCAGGCGGCGAGGGCUUGCCGGAAGGACUGCCGGACGGAGAGGACCCGAGCUUCGACCGGGCGGCGGAGCUGUUCAACGGGGGGGACUACCACCGGUGCCACGACUUCCUCGAGGAGCUGUGGAACGGGGCGGAGGAGCCGAUCCGGACGCUUCUCCAUGGGAUUCUCCAGUGCGCCGUGGGGUUCCAUCACCUAUUCAACCAGAACCAUAGAGGGGCGAUGAUGGAGUUGGGAGAGGGGCUCUGCAAGCUCCGGAAGAUGGAUUUUGAUGAAGGGCCUUUUCUUGAGUUCGAGCAGGAGGUCUCGGCGGCGUUGGAGUUUCUAUACCAGACACAGAAGGAGCUUGCUGCGUGUACAGAUGAUCUCUGCUUGGCAAUGGACGGCUCCGAGAGAUCAUACCAACUACUAGGUAGCUUUGCUGCCGGGCAGCGUUUAUACAGCUUGGAUGUUGACCCAGAUGGCAUAGCCUGUAUAACUUUCUCCCUGGUCCAAAAUCAAGGCUCAGAUAUAUCAUUGAGUGUUAAGGUUCCCACCCUCCAUGCCACAGAAGAACAUCUCAAGGCAUGUGAAUAUAAAUGCUGAUAUAAUCACACCAUACACGUGUAGAAUUUCCUCUAUUUACCAAGUUUUUGUAUCUUAGAUCUUCUAUAAAUUAAGUCUAAUGUUUAUUUGUUUCUUUACAAAUCAGAGUUGUGUAAUUACUGUAAAAAUCUUAUAAAAUUGAGAUUAGACUUCCAUGUUAAGUU